CAGAGAGGGUGAAGGUGAUUGGUGAUCAUCUAUCUUCACUACAGAUGGACACUCAAAUUCUCUCGGCCUCGAGUCUUGCUACUUUGCGUGUUCUGUCACCUGAAAACCCAACUCGAGCUUGCUAUAUUCCUCAUUUACAUAACCAUUUUCUCAGACUCUUAUCUUUCACUAACCUCAACCGCAUAUCCAAGUCCAGAACACCACAAGCCAUUGUAAAUCCUUCUCCCAUUACUCAUACAGUGACCACUCCCAAUCCCACUCUCAGAGAAAUAUGCCAAUCUCAUGUUCCCGACCAUGUAUUGCAAAGGAUGGAAGAGAUUGGAUAUGUCAUGCCUACAGAUAUCCAAAGGCAAGCAUUGCCUUAUCUUUUUUCUGGGCGUGACUGCAUACUUCAUGCUCAGACAGGUUCUGGGAAGACGCUUACAUACCUGCUUUUGAUCUAUUCCAUCAUCAACACUGGAAAAUCUUCUGUGCAAGCACUGGUCUUGGUGCCCACCCGUGAACUUGGCAUGCAAGUCACUAAGGUUGCUAGGAUGUUGGCAGCAAAGCCAACUGGAGUUGAGGGGGAGCAGAAGUCAUAUACCAUCAUGGCUUUGUUAGAUGGAGGAACAUUGAGAAGGCACAAGAGUUGGUUAAAGGCAGAGCCUCCAACAGUAGUGGUUGCGACAGUUGGGAGUUUAUGCCAAAUGCUUGAAAAACAAAUUUUUUUGCUUGAAACUGUGCCAGUGCUGGUUGUUGAUGAGGUUGACUUCAUUUUCAAUUCUUCAAAGCAAGUGAGUUCUCUUCGAAAGAUUUUGACUUCAUAUUCAUCUUGCAAUAAACGUCAGACAGUUUUUGCCAGUGCAUCUAUACCACAGCACAAACGAUUUCUUCAUGACUCUGUGCAGCAGAAAUGGACUAAGAGUGAUGUGGUCCAUAUUCAUGUCAGUGCAGUAGAACCCAUGCCAUCUCGCCUAUAUCAUAGAUUUAUAAUGUGUGAUACCAAAAGAAAACUACAAACCCUGUUAUCCUUGAUACAAUCCGAUGCACCUGAGUCUGGCAUUAUAUUUGUUGGUGAGCAGUCUGAGAAGUCGAAAAAGGCUGGAAAUGCUCCAUCUACAUCCCUUGUGAUUGACUUUCUGAAGACAUCAUAUCAAGGUUCAUUAGAUAUCCUCCUUCUCGAGGAUGACAUGAAUUUCAAUGCAAGAGCAGCUUCACUGUUGGAGGUUAGAAAAGGAGGUGGCUAUCUCCUAGUGGCGACAGAUAUAGCUGCCCGAGGAGUUGACCUUCCAGAAAUGUCUCACAUUUACAACUUUGAUCUGCCUAGAACUGCCAUAGAUUAUCUUCACCGAGCAGGGAGGACUUGUAGAAAACCCUUCUCUGACAUGAGAUGUACUGUUACCAGCAUUAUAGUUCCAGAGGAGCGGUUUGUUCUGCAGAGAUAUGAAAAUGAGUUGAUGUUCAACUGUGAUGAGCUUAUUCCAUAGACCUUUUCUUAAGUUCCACAUAUUUUCAUGGGUAUAGGAUCAAUUUAUAUCAGUGUAAGAAUAAUAAAUCUUACAUCAAAUUUUAAUCGUUGAUUUUAGUGUAUCUAACAGUUAUGAUUUAUUGGAAAUUAAUAAUUAUUUAAUGAGUGUGACUCAAUAAAUCACGACUGUUAGAUUUACGAAAAUCAACUGUUAAGAUUUUGUGUAAGACUUUUUGUUCUUAUACCGGUGUAAAUUGAUCUUGCUCCAUUUUGAUUUGAUAGACUAUAAUAUAAUGUUCCUCAAAAUGCCUUCAUCUUCAUAGUUUCCUCAUCUUUAAAAUCGUUUAUGUUCUGGAUAAUCUUCAUCAUGUGGUUACUGAAAUGGUA